AUGAUUAGGGAUAAUUUGAUAAUGCGUAUUUGUGUUCGAAGUUUCGCUUGGGUUUAUUCUUUUCCUAUCCCCAUUAUAUCAUUUAUUUAUUACGUUUUUUAUGUAACUCAAAGGAAAUCUUUACUUGAUGAGUUACUCCCCUACACCUUCUCCAGCGAAAUUUUGAACCCUUCUUGGUCUGGUUUUCUGCAUUAUUGGCUUGGAGUUGAGUUGACGAGAAUUGAACUUUAUAAAUAUUGUUUCUGUACUAUCGAUAAAUUCGAAGACUGGCUCGAAGGUUGGUUUAAUAUUGGUCAUAAAAAAUCUACCAUUAAUCAAAUUUACAGGGAUAACUUUGCUGAAUGGUUAUCUUGGGGGUUUUUUUCUAUUAGCCUUGAAACAGCUCGCAACCAUUUAGAAUAUUCAAAAGAAAUAGAUGAAAUAAUCGAAUCUGUAGAAAAAAGUAAAAACAUUAAAUUUCGUGAAGGAUACAAUCCAAAUUGUGAAUGUAUUAAACUCACUCUAGAUCCUGUUAAAGCUAUUCCUAAGCCUUUUAUUUUGUAUACUGUAAAAAGUAUCUUAAAUGGUUACUGGUCAAGUACCCUGGAAUUUGAUAUUCAAGAAGGUUCUCAUCCAUCAAGAAUCAGCUAUUGGUAUUACGACCCUCAUUCUCGCCACGAUUCAUUCCCAUCGAAAAAAAAAUGUCAUAAGAAACCAAUCGUUUUUAUUCACGGUGUUGGUGGUGGUUUAUUUUGUUAUUCUAAUUUCAUUAGAAAAUUAUCGAAACUGGGUCGUCCUUUGUUUUUGGUCGAAUUACCUUAUGUCUCAAUGCAGAUGGUUGAAGAUGUCCCGACUAUGGAGGAAACUGUUCGUGAAAUUAAAAAAAUGCUUAUCUCUCGAAAUUUUCAAAAAGCUAUUUUCGUUGGCCAUUCUUUGGGCUCUGUUGUAUGUUCUUGGAUGCUUAAAGAAGCCAGAAAAUAUAUUGGUGGUCUAAUCUUGGUAGAUCCAAUUAUUUUCUUAUUACAUCACCCAAAUGUUGCUUAUAAUUUCAAGUAUAGGACUCCAAGAGCUGCCAGUGAGUGCAUUCUCUAUAUUUCAUCGCGUUAUAUCCUUCCGAACAAAACUUAUGUUUAUAUAUCUGAAAAUGAUAAUCUCGUUCCUUCGAAAGAAGUCUACAAGUACCUUGUUAAACAUAAUGUAAAUGUUCACAUGAUGCACAAAUUGGAUCACGGAAGUUUUUUAUUUGAUACUCGUUGGGAAAAUCAAAUUAUUGCUGACGUUUUGAAAUGUUGUAAUUCUAGGUCUUGA